ACAAUCGAGUACUCACGUCUCAGUAGAAUUUGCGACCGAUCCACUGCAGAUUAAGCUAGCGGUAGGUAUGGCGACGACCGAGAAGGCAGCAGUAGCCUUUGUACUUGUGUUCUCCAUGGCUAUGGCCUCAAUGGCUCAGAACACGGCGCAAGAGCAGGAGUUCCUUUCGCUCCACAAUGCUGCCCGUCGUGAGGUGGGUGUUGAGGAUGUGGUCUGGGAUGAGACCGUGGCAGCAUUCGCACGGGCCUACGCCGCGAGACGUGCUGGUGACUGCAACCUCCAGCACUCGGACCAGGCUGAGCGUGACAAGUUUGGCUACGGUGAAAAUAUUGCCAUGGGCUUCCCUGGCAGCGACAUGACAGUUGCUGCAGCCGUGCAAAUGUGGGUGAAUGAAAAGCAAGAUUAUGACAGUGCUAAUGGUAUGUGCAUGAAAGGGCGCCCGGAGGAGCUGAAGUGCGGGCACUACACGCAGGUGGUUUGGCGCAACACCAAGGCCAUCGGCUGCGCGCGUGUCAAGUGUGACAACGGUGGCAUCUUCAUCACUUGCAACUAUACACCGGCGGGCAAUGUCCUUGGAGAACGUCCAUUCUAGUCUUUUGGGGAAUAAACUUAUAAGGGUAUAUGAUAAAUAUAUUGUGUUUAUCCAUGCUACAAUAACAUGAUGUGACGUAUGUUUGCUUACCAAUGCAUUCUCGAUGUACUAUAAAUAUACUGUGUAUUUUAAGUUCAGACUAAAUAAAUGGUAUCC